CAGAGGUCACUGGUGUAUAUUGUCUAUAGUGAAAAUGUUUUGUCUCUUUCAGAAAAAGACAAAGUAUUCGGCAACACGCCGGCUGCUCCUAAAGACCAAACUGCUGAAAAAGGCAGGGAUAAUGCUGGUGGCUGAGUUUGCGGACAAGAAACGUGAAAGAGAGAGUGCUCUGAAUGAGAGAGCCCCACCCCUCAAACUGUCUGGCCUGUCUGUGCAGGAGCUACAGGACCUUUGUAAAGACCUACACAAAAAGAUUGAUAUCGUAGAUGAGGCACGAUAUGACAUGGAAAUCAAAGUGGGGAAAAAUGAUUUAGAGAUUAAGUCGCUGACCCAGAAGGUCGAUGAGAUUAAGGGGUCGAAGAAGCCUACUCUGAAGAGGGUGAAAAAGUCUGCCGCCGACGCCUUGUCGGGAGCCGUGGCCGACACUGGCAAAAUGAAGGCUGACUUCACAUCCGGCCUCAAGAAAGUCAAGAAGGAAGAGGAGAAGAAAGAAGAGGUGACUGACUGGCGUAAGAAUGUGGAUGCCAUGUCUGGCAUGGAGGGCAGAAAGAAGCUGUUUGAUGCUGGAAAAUAAGCAGGGUCAUGUUGUACCACCAUUAAGAGAGAAGUAUGCCAAGACUGUAAGAACCCACAAAGAAGAGAGAGAGGAGGUCAGUUCUAGAUGAGAUGUGAAUUUCAUGUUGUGAUAUGAAAUGAAUUUUAUAAAGAAUCAUGUCAACCAUGUCAAUUUUACGUGUGUGUCCCCUGUUUAAUGUGAUAUGAGAGUUUGCUAGUUCACAGGGAAUAUUGUUGAUAUUAUAUAUUGUAGAUAUGUUAUAGAUAGUUGUGUUAUAAAUUAUGUGUUGAUAGAAUCAGUUAUUUAUGAUGUAUUGGUAGUAUCCCUUAUGUAAAAACCACAUGAUUUCAAGUGGAAAAUCACAUUGUGGUUUUCGAACACUUCACAUAUGAGGAUAUUUCACAUUAAAUUUCACAUGGAUUUUCACGUGAUCACAUUAUCUUUCACAUGUGAACCAAUGUGGUUUUGGAACACUUCACGUGUGAUUAUAUUUCACAUGAAGUUUCACAUGUGGAUUCAAAUGUUGACUUGUGUAUAUUUUUCACGUGAUAUUUCACAGGUGAUGAUGCCCUGCAUACAAUAAUUUGUCACAAAAUAGUUGCAGUGUUUUCAACUUACAUAUUUGACACACAUGAUUAUAUUGUGCAUGUUUAUUUCAGUGGAGGGGAGGACGGCUCAUAAUAACAGCUAGAACCAUGGAAACCAUGUGUUUGAUGUUGUUAAUACCUUUCCACCUAUUCUGCUCCAGCCAUUAACACGUGCCCAUCCUCCCCAAGUAUGGUGCCACCCAACCUCCUGUAUGUUUAUUUAUACAGUAAUUAUUAUUCAACAUGUCCUCACCUUCCUGCCACCACCAUGUCUGUGUCAAUGACUGAUUUCACCUGUAUUCCUACACGUUGGACUUUAAGUUCAUCUUAGCUUUGUAUAAUACAUUCAAGAAAAUCUAUUAUAUUUAUCAUAGUGAUUCACCAACAUCAGACAACUAUACAGAAAACCCUCAAGUUGCUGAAAUAAGUCAACUAAAUCAAUGAGAGAAUAAUCAGAUUAAAUGAUAACUAAAAUCUUAGUUAUGCAGAGAUGUAUUACAGGUAAUGAAUGUGUAGGGGACUUCUACACAUGGUACAAACUUUGUGGUGCAGCAGAAAGAUCAGCGUAGCCCAAUUCCCAGUUGGGGUCAUAUUGAAAAGUCUACUAAGUGAUCAUGUAAAAUGUAAUCAUUUUUCUAUUGAUGAAAGAUUUUUGCACUAUUUCAGCUGAGCAGCGUACCAUUUACCUUAACCCCCCCUACCAUUUCAUUACUUCCCUAACAAACAAAAAUAUGAAAGGUGCAGUUUCACAUGUGAAACCAUGUAUAUUACAUAUAGAGUUCAUAAUUUAACACCAACUUUGUGAGGAGAAUAACAUUUUGUGAAAUUU